GAUAACCUCAAUCUUAUUAAAUAACCUAAAAACGAGAAAAUGUCUGAUAUUGAAAUAAAAACUCUAGAAACUGAAAUAGCAGCUUUAGAAAAAAAACUAAACGAGAAGAAAUCAAGGCUUCAAGAACUUAAAUCAAAACACAUUUCUUGUCCUUACUCAAAUGUUUUAACUUCAGAGGAGAUUGUAAGGUACAGUCGUCAAAUGAUAAUGCCCCAAAUUUGUAAAUCAGGCCAAAGAAAUCUUAAAGAGGGUAAAAUUUUAAUUGUGGGGGCUGGGGGCUUAGGGUGUCCUGCUUCACUGUAUCUCGCAGCUGCCGGAAUUGGAGAAAUUCAUAUUUUAGAUUAUGAUGAAGUUGAGUUGUCCAAUUUGCAUCGACAGAUUUUACAUUAUGAAACUAAUAUAGGGCUACCAAAAGUACAAUCAGUCGCAGAUAAAUUAAAAAGCCUCAACAGUAACAUCAAAAUUGUCCCUUUACACAUCCACGCCUCUAGCUCUAUAACCGACUUGGUGCAAAAAAACAAAUACGACGUUGUCUUAGAUUGCACCGAUAAUGCCCCUACACGCUAUCUACUCAACGAUAUUUGCGUUAUUUACAACAUUCCACUUGUCUCAGGCAGUGCCUUACAAAUGGAAGGCCAAUUAACAGUUUAUCACUACCUGAAUGGCCCUUGUUACCGUUGUCUUUUCCCCAAGCCACCACCGGCUCACACUGUCACAAAUUGUGGCGACGGUGGUGUCCUGGGAUCAGUUUGUGGCGUAAUCGGUGUUUUACAAGCUCUGGAAACCAUAAAGAUUCUCACACAAAUGGACGGCGUUUUGUCAGGCCGAUUGCUAAUUUUUGACGGCUCGGAGACAACUUUUCGCAAUGUGAAAUUGCGACAAAGAGUUGCGACUUGCGAGGUUUGCGGCGAUAAUCCGAAAAUAAGAGCGCCAGUUGAUUAUGAGCAGUUUUGCGGAUCUAGAGCUCACGAUAAGGUGAUCAAUAUUAAUAUACUCGAAAGUGAGGAAAAUGUGACUGUAGAGCAGCUCAAAGGGGUUUUAGACGAAAACAACAAUGUCGUGAUUGAUGUUCGAUCAGAGUUGGAGUUUGAUAUGUGUAGGUUGCCAAAUACCGUAAAUUUUCCAUAUUCGAGAAUACGGGAUAAUAAGAGUUUGGAUGAGUUGGAAGGGUUUAUCAAAAGGGCAGCAGAAGGGAAUAAAAAGGUAUAUUUGUUAUGUAGGCGAGGAAAUGACUCUCAAAGAGCGACAAAUUAUCUCCGACAGAAUUUCUCUAAUAGUUUGGUGAAAUUCUUGAAUGUUAAAGGUGGCUUGCAUGCCUAUUCCAAGUCAAUUGAUCCAUCAUUCCCUGUUUAUUAAUUUUGAGUAAAGUUUUUAAUGUC